UAUGGAUUUCUAUGGUGGAAAUCUAAAAGCUAAAAAAAAAAAAAGAAAAAGAAAAAAAACCCUCUCUCUCUCUCUCUCAAUCUCUCUCUGUCGUACAGCUGCUAAUUGUCUGUGUCUCUGGUUUUGUGUUUCGCCUUCUCCUCUUCCCGGGAAUCGAUACACUCUGAAUAAUCGAGGAGGAGGAGGAAGAAGAAGAACGGAGGCACUACAAUAUCACCAACAACAACACCAGGAAGAAGAAGAAGAAGAAGAGGGGAUUUUUUGACUUUCCGGACACCGGAGAACCACAACCGACCUUAAACGAGAAACCCUAGGUUUUCUCCCCUUUUCGAUUCCGCCUAAUCUGGACAAUCAUCCCUUCGAUUUUAAGUCGAGGAGGAAGGGGAAAAGGCCGAUUCGAAGAGUAAAGAUGUUGUGGAUUAUGAGAUUCUCUGGAUUCUUCUCUGCCGCUAUGUUGAUGGUUAUUCUCUCUCCAUCUCUCCAGUCAUUUCCUCCGGCGGAAGCGAUUCGGUCCUCUCACCUUGAGUUCAAUCUCCGGCAGUCGGUUCGUCUCUCGCUCUCUGAUUCACGGAGUCGGUUUCUGUUCCGUAGGUCGCCGUUGUAUCGCAAUGCUGAGCAAUGCAGUCCAAGAGACUCCAAAUUUUCGGGUAGAAUUGGUGUUUGUGAUCCGAGUUUGGUUCAUGUUGCGAUUACGCUUGAUGUUGAGUACCUUCGUGGUUCAAUCGCGGCUGUGAAUUCGAUUCUGCAGCAUUCGCUCUGUCCAGAGAGCGUGUUCUUUCAUUUCCUUGUUUCGGAGACGAAUCUUGAAGCUGUUGUUAGAUCUGCUUUCCCUCAGUUGAAAUUCAAGGUCUAUUACUUCAAUCCGGCGAUUGUUCAGAAUCUGAUUUCGACGUCGGUGAGGCAAGCGCUUGAACAGCCGCUUAAUUAUGCGAGGAACUACUUGGCGGAGCUAUUGGAGCCCUGUGUUCGCAGAGUAAUUUAUUUGGACUCCGAUCUCGUUGUUGUUGAUGAUAUCUCGAAGCUUUGGAGUACUAAUUUGGGUUCUCGAACCAUCGGAGCGCCGGAAUACUGUCACGCGAACUUCACCAAGUAUUUCACCUCUCGGUUUUGGUCGGAGAAGCGGUUUUCCGGCACGUUUCUUGGCCGUAAGCCUUGUUACUUCAACACCGGCGUGAUGGUCAUAGAUCUCGUUAAAUGGCGACGGGCAGGCUACACGAAGCGGAUCGAACGGUGGAUGGAGAUUCAGAAAAACGAUCGGAUCUACGAGCUCGGUUCGCUUCCACCGUUUCUUCUUGUGUUCGCUGGUGAUGUAUCGCCCAUUGAGCACCGGUGGAACCAGCACGGCCUCGGCGGCGACAAUGUGAAAGGCAGUUGCCGGAACCUCCACGCCGGUCCGGUGAGCCUUCUUCACUGGUCAGGGAGUGGAAAGCCAUGGACGAGGCUGGACUCCAAGGAACCUUGCCCUCUGGAUUCCCUCUGGGCUCCAUAUGAUUUGUACGGUCAAUCUCACUGAACCACCGACGACCGUCCACCGUCGCCGGUAAGAAAAGAAAAAGACAGAAAAGCCCUCCCACAUCCUCCCCUUCUUCCUCUUCCCCAAAGGACUGUUUUGUCUACUAAUUUAGUCCUUCCAAAUUCCCCAUUCUUUUCCUUCUCCAUUAAUUCAUAUUUUCUUUACAUAUUUUUAUUUAUUUUCUCUUCCUUUUUCUGGGGGAUCGUUGACUCAUCAUCAUCUGCUUCUUCUUUUUUUUCGGACCAUUUGUAUUUUAUUCUACCCCAUUAUCAUCAUCAUCAUCAUCAUUCCUUGUUCUGAAAAUAAGAAAUAGAAUCCAUAGCCAAAUUUUUUAUAUUGCUGUAUAGACUCCCAUGGGCUUGUUUGUUUGUUUUCUUUUUCUCCUUUCCAUUUUUCUUUUCUAUCUAUAGAUGGUCUGUUUUUCUCGUUU